AUGCCUUCGGACGACGAGCGCAGUGUGAGCGACGUGAGCGACGUGGAGGAGGAGGUGCAGACCCCGCCGCAGGAGAUUGAGGACUGCAGCAACUCGGAUGUGGUCACUAAGUACAAGUUGGCCUCCGAAAUCGCGCAGUCAGCUCUGCAGGGCGUGCUCUCCCAGCUCGAGGCUGGUAAGGACGUCGUGGAGCUGUGCAAGUUCGGUGAUCUCAUCGUAGAGCAGCGCUGCGCCGGCAUCUUCAAGAGCAAGAAGGUGGACAAGGGUCUGGCCUUCCCUACGUCCAUCUCAGUGAAUGAGAUCCUGUGCCACUACUCGCCCUUGGCCAACGAGUCCAUGACGGUCAAGGCCGGCGACUGGGUCAAGAUCGACUUGGGUUGCCACAUUGAUGGCUACAUUGCCGUUGUGGCCCACACGGCUAUCGUGCCUGCUGAGGGCUCGGCUGCUGACGCGGAAUUCCCUGAGCUUAAGGGCGAGGAGGCCGAUGUCCUCAAGUGUGCCCACGACGCUGUGGAGCUCUGUGCGCGCCUUAUUAAGCCUGGCAACACCAACUUGCAGGUGACGGAGGCGCUUACGAAGCUCGAGACGUCGUAUGGCGUUAAGAGUCUGCAGGGUACGCUUAUGCACCAGCUUAAGCGCUUCGUGAUCGACGGCAACAAGAUGAUUGCCCAGAAGAUGGACGUGGAAAACCGUACCCCCAAGGUUACGUUCGAGCCCAAUGAGGCGUACACUAUUGAUGUGUGCUACACCACGGGCAGCGACAAGCCCGUGAACAGUGAGCGUCGUACCACGGUGUUCAAGCGCCAGGUGGACAAGCAAUACCGCCUCAAGAUGAAGGCUUCUCGCUAUGUCUUUAAGGAGAUCAACACCAAGUUCCCUACGCUGCCCUUCACUAUUCGUGCUUUUGAGGACGAGAGCCAGGCGCGUAUGGGUGUCGUUGAGUGCGUCAAGCACGACCUGCUGCAGGCUUACCCCAUCCUGGAGGGCCGUGCCGGCGAUAAGGUGGCGCACUUUAAGGUUACGGUACUGCUGCUGCCCAACGGUACCACCAAGAUCACGGGUCUCCCCUUCCCGAGCGAAAAGGUGCACUCGGAGAAGACUGUAGACGACGAGACGGCUAAGAUUCUUGCCACUUCUUUGAAGAAGAAGAACAAGAAGAAGAAGAAAAAAACGACCGCGUAA